AUGGCUCUUUUUUCUAUUUUUGUCACCGUGGUUCUUGGUUUGACAAGCGUCUCAUCGGCGCAAGACAUCGAUCUCGCCGACUUAUUUGCGUCUGGCGGGUCCCCAACCGGUAUGCUCUUCGAGCUGCUUGGAGACGAGGAUAACUACCGCGUACGUGAUGUACUUCAGCAGAUCCCUGGUGGGAUGCUCACGCAGUCGGACGAAUUCAAGCAGAGCAGCGCUACCAUCGCUGACACCGCCGGCUUCGACUGCAACCUCACAGACAUCGAUCCUGCUUGCUUCCUCGAGGAGUUUGCCGGUAGGGUUGGAGCUUCUUGGAAAACUCAAGACAUCGACACCCAGAAAGCUUCCGACCUUGUAGCACGGUUUCUUCAGCCUCAUGGUCUAACAAUGUCCGGCGCCGUUGCAAUCUGCGUAAUUUCGCCUGCCGCCAUGCCGUUCCUCGUAGACAGCGAGGCCUCCGAACUUUCCACGGCUGACGUUAUCAAUGGGGCCAAGGCUGCGUGCAGGAAAUCAGCCUGA